GUUGAUUCUUUCUGGCCGAAGGGCGAGUUGCUCUGGUCACUGCUGUAUCCUGACGUACCUCUAGCAAUGCAGAGCCUCCAGGCUGAAGAUCUCACUGUAACAGGCUUCGGUGAUGAAUAACAGCCAGUCCGGUGGAGGGCAUCUUCCUCCUGCGACGCUGUCAGAGUGUAACUUGUGGGAUGCUAAGACCAUUUAUGGGCAUCUUCCCCAACUGCUGCUUGACCUGGUUUUUUUAGCCUCAUGCUAUUAUUGUUGUUGCUGCUUCUCGCGUUCCUCCAACUGUUUUUCCAUUCAAAGAUGUGAAGCAGCAAUAAGCACCUGUUAAAUUAGGAGUUAAGUUUUGUGGGAAAUAACUGUGAAUUAAAACACAACAAAACAAAAUUGUGGGAAGAAAUUAUGCUAUAAAUUUUUUGAACUCCAUGUACAAUUUUACAUUGGAAGACCAUGAAACCAUAAGAAAUAGGAGCAGAAGUGGGCCAUUCAGCCAGUGAAGUGCUGUGCUAAAAAGUAAUAAAGCAGAUCCAGGGUCUUCUUGUGGCACAGUGGUAGUGUCCCUACCCCUGGACUGGGAGGCCUAGGUUAAAGUCCCACCUGCUCCAGAAGUGUGCAAUAAUACCUGGAGCUGGAGUAAUUAAGUAUCUGGUCUGUACACUAGCAACCACCCCAACACCCAUAAAUGGAGCUGCCAGGACAUUAUUCAAAUGAGCCACAACACACUGCAGCAACCCAGAAUUGCGCAAAGCAGAACAGGAACUCCCUACCUAUGUCCGUGACACCACCCACGCCCUCCACCUCCUCCAGAACUUCCAAUUCCCCGGUCCCCAACACCACAUCUUUACCAUGGACGUCCAGUCCCGCUACACCUGCAUUCCCCAUGCAGAUGGCCUUAAGGCCCUCCGCUUCUUCCUGUCCCGCAGGCCCGACCAGUCCCCCUCCACUGAUACCCUCAUCCGCUUAGCUGAACUCGUCCUCACACUCAACAACUUCUCUUUCAAUUCCUCCCACUUCCUACAGACAAAGGGGGUAGCCAUGGGUACCCGCAUGGGCCCAAGCUACGCCUGCCUCUUUGUAGGUUACGUGGAACAAUCCCUCCUCCGUACCUACACCGGCCCUAAACCCCACCUCUUCCUCCGUUACAUUGAUGACUGUAUUGGCACCGCCUCGUGCUCCCACGAGGAGCUCGAACAGUUCAUACACUUCACUAACACCUUCCACCCCAACCUUAAGUUUACCUGGACCAUCUCUAACACCUCUCUCCCCUUCCUGGACCUCUCUGUCUCCAUAUCAGGCAACCACCUAGAAACCGAUAUUCAUUUCAAGCCCACCGACUCCCACAGCUACCUAGAAUACUCCUCCUCCCACCCACCUUCCUGCAAAAAUGCUAUCCCCUAUUCCCAAUUCCUUCGCCUCCGCUGCAUCUGCUCCCAGGAUGAGGCAUUCCACUCCCGUACAUCUCAGUUGUCCUCGUUUUUCAAGGACCGUAACUUCCCCUCCUCGGUGGUCGAGAACGCCCUCAACCGUGUCUCCCACAUCUCCCGCACCUCAUCCCUCACACCCCGUCCACGCAAUAAGAACCAAAAAAGAAUCCCCCUCGUCCUCACGUACCACUCCACCAACCUCCGGAUCCAACGCAUCAUCCUCCGACACUUCCGCCAUCUGCAAUCCGACCCCACCACCAAAGACAUCUUUCCCUCCCCACCCUUAUCUGCUUUCCGGAGGGACAACUCUCUCCGUGACUCCCUUGUCCGCUCCACACUCCCCUCCAGCUCCACCACACCUGGCACUUUUCCCUGCAACCGCAGGAAGUGCUACACCUGCCCCCAUACCUCCUCCCUCACCCCCAUCCCAGGCCCCAAGAAGACUUUCCACAUCAAGCAGAUGUUCACCUGCACAUCUGCCAAUGUGGUAUACUGCAUCCGCUGUACCCGGUGUGGCUUCCUCUACAUCGGGGAAACCAAGCGGAGAUUCGGGGACCGCUUUGCAGAACACCUACGCUCGGUUCGCAAUAAACAACUGCACCUCCCAGUCGCGAACCAUUUCAACUCCCCCUCCCAUUCCUCAGACGACAUGUCCAUCCUGGGCCUCCUGCAGUGCCACAACGAUGCCACCCGAAGGUUGCAGGAACAGCAACUCAUAUUCCGCUUGGGAACCCUGCAGCCCAAUGGUAUCAAUGUGGAUUUCACAAGUUUCAAAAUCUCCCCUCCCCCUACUGCAUCCCAAAACCAGUCCAGCUCGUCCCUGCCUCCCUAACCUGUUCUUCCUCCCACCUAUCCCCUCCUCCCACCUCAAGCCGCACCUCCAUCUCCUACCGACCAACCUCAUCCCGCCCCCUUGACCUGUCCGUCCUCCCUGGACUGACCUAUCCCCUUCCUAACUCCCUACCUACACUCACCUUUACUGGCUCCAUCCCCGCCUCUUCGACCUGUUUGUUUCCUCUCCACCUAUCCUCUCCUCUAUCCCUCUUCUAUCCGCCUCCCACUCUCUCCCUAUUUAUUUCAAAACCCCCUUCCCCUCCCCCUUUUCCGAUGAAGGGUCUAGGCCCGAAACGUCAGCCUCUCUGCUCCUAUGAUGCUGCUUGGCCUGCUGUGUUCAUCCAGCCCUGAACCUUGUUGUCCAGGAACACUUAUAUGGAGUUUUUAACAGGAGUGGAUACCCAAAAAGCACAGUCUGCUGUUACCUCUGUGACAGGACACAACACGGCCAGACUCUCUAGUCACCCUGCCGUACAUCAGGGACAUAUCCACAAGAUGACCGCAAGACUAGUCAGACCCCUAGGUAUCAGGGUAGCCCCCAAACCAACAACCACCCUGCGACAGCUACUGAUCCCAUACCCACAACCAACAAAACAAACAUAAUUUACAAAAUACUAAGCCAGGACUGUGAGAAACAUUGCACAGGUAAGAAAACUGACAAUAAGGAUACAUGAACACCAACUAGCCACCAAGAGACACGACCAAUUCUCACUGGUCUCACUACAAAGACGGACACGAAUUCGACUGGGAAAACAUAUCCAUAAUAGCACAAGCCAAACAGAGACAUGCCAGAGAAUUCCUGGAGGCCUGGCAUUACGACUGGAACUCUGUUAACAAACACAUUGAACUGGACCUGAUAUACAAACCACUGAAAAACAGAACCAGAAGUGAUGCCAACCACCCCAGCGAACUGAGGCAUAUAAAUAACAAUGGGACAGAACACCAAUGCUUCACCGGAGGUGCACUGAUGAUGUUACCUAGCAGGGUGACAAAUUAUCUGCAACAAAACACACCGGCUCGGCAAGCAAGUCUACAACCUCACAGUGAUGUCAGAUUACAUGUAGAUGGAGCUUGUGUCUCUCAGGCUCCAGUUAAGAUGUUCUCUCCUCUCUAAAUAGUUAUAUUCAAUAAACCCUGCAUUUGUUCACUCAUAAGAGCAUAGGUCUCAUUGAAACUCCCUUUGGUUUGGGCCUUUGAAAGAUUUUGUCGCUCAUUCUCUUCUACCCUCCAUCCUAUCACACACCUUCCUUUUUGUUCUUUUUCUUACGCUCCCCUUUCCUCUCGCUUAAAAUCUAGUACAUUUCCACGUUUUCUCUGCUCAGAGGAAGGGUCACAGAACUGAAAGGUUGAUAUCUCUCUCUCUCCACAUGUGCUUUUAGACCUGCUGAGUGUUUUCAACAUUUUCUGUUUUUAUUACAGAUUUCCAGUAUAUAUUCCAGAUAGUACUUUGUCUGCAUAUCAAUUCCAGGCACAUGUGCCAGCACAUAUCCACUUUACAAACAGAACAUUCACCCACCUCUCCAGCUCUCACACUCUUUGUCUCUUACAGCGAGUGUCAGACUAACUGUCCAAUGCUUUACUCAUCACACUCUGCACUCUCAACUUUCAACAUUGCCAGUCACUAAAUCAAGUGAUAGUCAUAAAGGAUAUUUUGUUCGAUAGGAGAGUGCAACUCCAAUUCUGAUCAUCAUGGGGUGAAUAUGUUUAUAUAGGGUGGUAUACAUAUCAUACACGUGCAUGUAACAUCAUCUUGUCUCCCUCCGGGGAAAGGUUAGCCUAUAACCAGUGCCACAUGGAAACAUCACCAGGGAGCAUCACUGCAACAGAUUAACCUGAGUCUGCAGGUUAAUCCUUGGCAAGUACCCAACAGAUCAACAGGAGAGCAUGAGGUCAGAAAAAAUUUAGUAAUGGAAGAUAUUGAACAAAUCACCAAAACUCCUCUUAGCUCUAUAUGAUUUGUCAAUGUAUUGUUAAACACUUGCCCCCACCAGCUAGUUCUUUAAGGGGCAAUGUUACUUUCCUCUGAGUGGAUUGAGUUAAAAUUUACUCUAAAAUCUCAAUGUGUUUGACACUGACAUUCUAGGGUUGCCUCUUGUUAUAUCAGGGACGAUUAUGGGAAUGGAUGCUACACAGAAAAUGACAUUUUGGCAGUUUUCCCUGUUGCAAGUUUUUGGUGGUCACCUCUAUAUUUAGUAUUGCUUGAUGUGGGUCAAGAACUGCACUGUAGUAUAGUAGUCCCUGCCACAUUUGUUGCAGACGAAGACGGUGGGCCGAGAGAAUACCCUUCCAAACAGUUAGAUUCCAGAGGUCACUGUCAUCAGCAACUGAAUCCUGGUUGUCACUGUCAAUAUCUGCCAUCUUCAUAUCUUUCUUGAUGUGGAGAUGCAGGUGAUGAAGGAGCAGCGCUCCGAAAGCUUGGUGAUUUAAAUAAAUCAGUUGGACUGUAACCUGGUGUCAUGUGGCUUUUGACCAUAUCUUUCUUGCAUGUGGAUAUAUGGAUGGCUCGGAGGUCAUGGCCUUUUGGCCAGUUCACCAUCUAGAAAGUUUUUGGGAAUAUGGCUGUCAUUGGCUUAGUAAUGAGUCUAUGGGUGCUAAUGGGAUUAGCACACUUCAGAACCUCUGAUUUGGAGACCCUGUAUUGCGAAGAGAAUACAUCUGACACAGAGUUGAUGGAAAAUGUUCAGCCUUUUCCUCUGCAUAGCACAUAUUGUCCUGCUCCAAACAGAGCAGUGAACUGAGACUGCAAGCUUGUUAUACUUACAGUUUAGUGUACUCAGUCAGGUUGUUGUUGUUGCACUCUCCUUCAGCGUGUAACUGCAAAAUAGCUGAUGGUUUUUGCAAUGGGUGUGAGCUUUUUGUCAGUUCUGGCAUGUAAGUAGGCAGUGUUCCGUGGAUGACCAGAAGGCAUGUGGCAGCAGCAAAGCAAAGAAUAUUCCAAAGAGGAUCAGUGACAGAGCACAAUCCUGUUUAACUCCACAGCUGAUCUCAAAGGGUUCCGUUGAUAUUUUGUCAUAGCUGACCUUAUCCAUCAUGUUGUCAUGGAAAGAAGAGAUAAAAUUGAGCAGCUUUGCUGAGCAGCCAUGUCAGGAAUCACUGGGGUAGUGCGCUGGAAAUCGAAUGCUGCUGUCCCUGGGGUCAUCACAAAAUUUAAAGAUUUUAAAAAGUACACCAAGAUUCCAAAAUUUACCUGCCUUCUAGACCCAGAUUUCUGUACUUAACACAAACUGCUAUUUAUUACAAGCGAUCAAAUAGUAGCUACAGGUAAACAGUUACAAACUGUUGGUACAUAACUAUUAAGUAAAAACGCUAAUCCCCUGACAAACUCCCCCCUUACACACACAGGCACACCCAGGCACACAAGCACACUCCUGUUCAGAUGAUCUGUUGAGAUGAUUUUUCUGCUGGUCAGAAUGCUGCUUCUCAGUCGACUUUCUCCAGAGGCUUUUGCUGGUUUGCAUGAGGCACAGGAUGGCUUAUUCACUUAUAAAGGUCUCACAUAUUAGUUACAAAUCACAGAUUAAAGCAACCACUGAACAAAAGAUAAACUAGUUUUCUUCAGGCUUAAAAUGUUUUUUUCUGCAGAGAAUGGAGAGAGUUCCUGAGCUCUUGUGUUUCAAAGGCUUCUCACUAUCUUGUUCAAGUCAAAGUUAUUCAGCUACCUGAGAACCAAUCAUGUAAUUGUUGACAGGCUGAAAACCUUUGUCAUUCAUAAUUGGUAAUCCAAUGGUUUAUAUAGAUGGCCUUUGCUCACAUGCCUUGCUGAACUUCAUGAAGGCAACAUUCAACAGCUUCUAUCUGUUCAUGCUAUUUCUCUUGUAGCUGUCAGACUGGGAAGAUCAUGUCAAUUGUAUAUCUCUAGUAUUGGUCCUGCACUGGGAUUCAGGAUAGUUGUUUUCUGCCUGGGCCUAGAAGCCAACAAGGGCAACAUAAAUAAAUGUUGUUCCCACAGUGCUGAGGAAGGAGACCGUGAUAGUUGUGGUAAUCAUAUUGGUCUACUUUGUUUUUGUCCAGAGUCUAUACUCUGGCAAUGACCUCACCCUCCAACAGACCGAGAGAUAUUUGUAAAGAUUCUGCAGGAUUGCCAUGGCUUUUAAUCUCUAGGUUCUGACCUGUUGAUUUUUCCUUACUUUUCUGGCAUGACCUUAACGAAAAGACACAGAAAUCUUGAACACCAUGUAGUUCUCCAGGAUUCUGCCAGGAAUAAGCCUUCUUAGAAAUUCAACCCCAAAUUUCCCUUCAGCUACUAACUAUAUGGGUUCCACAUUCAAUGAGAGUGCAGGCAGCUUCAAUCCAGGGGAUGGGCUCACUCUCAAAGCUGCUUCUAAUUCAGCAGUAAAUUGGCAAACUCAAUUAAGAUAAAACAAGCAAACAAUCAUCAGCUUUCUAGGAAUGUUCAAAUGGUAAAUGUCACUUUAAUUUUGUGAACUGUGAAGGCCACAGAUAACUCAUAAGGGAAUUACACAUAACAAAGCAACUAUGUCAAUGCAAGCACUUGACCUAACAUGAUUAAUGUGUUCUACUUUGCUGAGGCCCGCUUUGAACAAUGAAGUAUACAUACAUUCCUUUACCAUUUGUAUGCAAUGAUUUUUGAAUGACUGUUUCUUUGUAAAGGAGCUAACCAAAUGUUUAAUUUUUUGGCCGUAUGGAUUAAAACUAUAAUUUGAAAAUGUGUAUUCUUUGACAUAAAUCAGGGAACAAAUGAUAAAAUGACUUGUAAGGGAUCUGUGACUUGAUUGGAAAAGUUCAAAGGCUGCUGUUGUUCCAAAUCAGAUAAUUGUGCAAUUAGCUCACACCCACACCUCCAAAUGAAGGCAGAAGAAAGUACUGUACUUUCAGAAAACAUUUCCCAGAGACCAGUUUUACAUUUGCCAGUUCUAACCAAGAUAAAGGUUAUACAAACUGAUACAGAGGUAUAUUUUUCAGUUGGUAAAUCUUCGCAUACUACCUUUUACU